CUUACUUUUCGUUACUCCUUCCCCUGGAAGUUGGCUCUUGCUUCAUUUUCCAUCACUUUCGGCUUCGUCUCCCCUUUUCUUCGAGUCGAGCUGUCAACCAUCACUUGAUCGAGCCAUACAACGAACAAACAUCUUGCAUCGUACAAGAAUCAUAAUCACAUCCCCGAACCCGAAUAAAACACUUUAAUCACCUCAUCUUUUACACCACCGACAUCAUGCGUUUCGCCAAGCACCUUCUUCCUCUCGCCCUCGUCAUCACCGGCGUCAUCGCUGCUGGUGACGAGUCCACAACCGAAGUGGCCAAAGCCAAGGCUACUGCCACCGACGACAAGGCCACCAAGACGACAAACGAGCCCGACGAGACCAAGGGGUCUGACAAGACGGAGGAGGCUGAGCCCACGGCUACCGGAGACGACGAGGACAAGGACAAGGACAGCACCGAAACGGGCAAGGAGACCGAGACUGAGAAGAACAGCAAGGCCAAGGUUACCUCUGCUACUGAGACGGAACAGUCGAUUGUCUCAUGGAACCCUCCUCAGCCUUCAACCAUGGCUCCCGACAUCAACGCUUCUUCCCGCUCUAUUCAGACCUCAGGUUACCUGGCUGUGGCCAUGGUGGGCAUCGUUUCCAUCGCCGCAGCUUUCCUAUGAGAAGCCCCUACAGAAACUUUACUAUUCAAAGCUCUUCCUUGUCGAU